AUGAGAUUUAACAUGUCUUGGUAUGAUAAGUAUUCUAAUUGGUUAGAAUAUAGUCUUAAAAAUGAUGCUUGUUAUUGCUUGUGUUGUUAUUUGUUUGCAACUGAAAGUGAAAUUGCAAGUCGCUAUGGAGGAGACACAUUCAUUAGUAAAGUUGAAAUUGAAUAUAGAAAUUGUUUGAAUGCAUCCGAGGAUAGUGCUAGAUUAAUUUUGUGUUCAGGAUUACCUUUUCGAGAUAUUGCCAAUGCUUGUUAUAAAGAGACCAUUAACGCUAUUCUUGAGGAACUUGGGGAUGAUUAUUUUGCUAUCUUAGUCGACGAAUUCCGUGAUGUCUCUUGUUAUGAUGGAGCAAGCAACAUGCAAGGUCAUAUUAAUGGGCUAAGGACUUUAAUCCAGAAUGAUUGUUCAUCUGCACAUUAUGUACACUGUUUUGCUUACCAACUUCAAUUGACUCUUGUUAAGGUUGCACACAAACAUGUUGAUGUUGAGCAUCUUAUUGAUUUUAUCAAUCUUACAUUGAAUACUAUUGGUGUUUCUUAUAAACGUAGAGAUAAGUUUCGACAAAAACAAGUUGAGAUGGUUGAAAAAGCCUUAUCUGAAGGUGAGCUAUUAAUUGGAAAGGGUUUAAAUCAAGAAGUUGUUCUUCAAAGACCUGGGGAUACUCGUUGGGGUUCUCAUUUUAAAACUUUCUCCAAUUUCAUUCAAAUGUUUUCUCCUAUAGUUAAUGUGCUUGAUGCUCUUGUAGUUGCUGGAGAUGAUGAUAUAGCUAGAAGUCAAGCUAGUUUGGAUGGCAUACAAACUUUUGAUUUUGCUUUCAUGAUUUGUUUAAUGAAAUUAGUAUUAGGGAUCUCUAAUGGACUAAGUCUAUCUUUGCAAAGAAGAGAUCAUGACGUUGUAAAUGCUAUGUCCUUGCUUGGUACUACUAAGAGACGAUUUUAG